CCUUCUGUUCUCCGGCUCCUGGAGGUGGUGGCUCUGGUAGCCCCAGCUGGUCCACACCAUGGCCACCUGUUGGCAGGGCCUGUGGGCCUAUCGAUUCUACCUGAUUGUGUUCUUCCUGCCCAUUUUCCUGCUGCCUCUGCCCAUCCUCGUCCCUUAUAAGGAGGCCUACUGCGCCUUUGCCAUCAUCCUCAUGGCGCUCUUCUGGUGCACCGAGGCUCUGCCCCUGGCUGUCACCGCCCUCUUCCCCAUCAUCCUGUUCCCCAUGAUGGGCAUCAUGGAUGCCUCUGAGGUCUGCAUCGAGUACUUUAGGGACACCAACAUCCUGUUCAUCGGGGGGCUGCUGGUGGCCAUCGCAGUGGAGCACUGGAACCUGCACAAGCGCAUUGCCCUCCGUGUGCUCCUCAUCAUCGGGGUGCGGCCCGCCCUGCUGAUCCUGGGCUUCAUGCUGGUCACGGCUUUCCUGUCCAUGUGGAUCAGCAACACGGCCACCACGGCUAUGAUGGUGCCCAUCGCGCACGCUGUCCUGGAGCAACUGCACAGCAGUCGUGCCAGCAAGGAUGUCGAGGAAGGCAGUAGCAACCCCACCUUUGAGCUCCAGGAACCAAGUCCCCAGAAGGAGGAGACCAAGCUUGAUAAUGGGCAGGCCCAUCCUGUCCCACCCGGGAGGGACCAUCAGAACCAGGAGCAACUCCGCUUCACCCAGGGUAUGAGCCUGUGUGUGUGCUACUCAGCCAGCAUCGGGGGCAUCGCCACGCUGACUGGCACCACGCCCAACCUGGUGCUGCAAAGCCAGAUCAACUCGCUCUUCCCCCAAAAUGCCAACGUGGUGAACUUUGCCUCCUGGUUCAGCUUUGCCUUCCCCACCAUGGUUAUCUUGCUGCUGCUGGCCUGGCUAUGGCUGCAGGUCCUCUUCCUGGGCUUCAACAUUCGGAAGAACUUUGGCUUUGGAGAACAGGCGAAGAGGCAACAGCGGGCAGCCUUCCAAGUCAUCCAGACAGAGCACAAGCUGCUGGGCCCCAUGACCUUCGCAGAAAAGGCUGUCACUUUCCUCUUUGUCACCCUGGUGCUGCUCUGGUUCACGCGGGAGCCAGGCUUUUUCCUUGGCUGGGGCAACCUGGCUUUUGCCAACGCUCGUGGGAAUAGCAUGGUGUCUGAUGGGACAGUGGCCAUCUUCAUCAGCACAAUUAUGUUCAUCGUGCCCUCCAAGAUCCCAGGGCUGACCCAGAACCCAGAAAAACCAGGGAAGCUGAAGGCCCCUCCUGCCCUCCUCAGCUGGAAGACAGUGAACCAGAAGAUGCCCUGGAAUAUCGUGUUCCUGCUGGGUGGUGGCUCUGCCCUGGCCAAAGGCAGUGAGCAAUCGGGCCUGUCAGAGUGGCUGGGGGACAAGCUGACCCCGCUGCAGCAUGUGCCAGCUCCUGCCAUUGCCUUCAUCCUCUGCCUCCUGGUUGCCACCUUCACCGAGUGCACUAGCAACGUGGCCACCACCACACUCUUCCUGCCCAUCCUGGCCUCCAUGGCUCAGGCCAUCUGCCUCCACCCUCUCUAUGUCAUGCUCCCCUGCACUCUGUCUGCCUCCCUGGCCUUCAUGCUGCCCGUGGCCACCCCGCCCAAUGCCAUCGUCUUCUCUUUCGGGGGCCUCAAAGUGUCUGACAUGGCCCGGGCGGGAUUUCUGCUCAACAUCAUCGGCGUGCUGAUCAUCACGCUGGCCAUCAACAGCUGGAGCUUCCCCAUCUUCAGCCUGCACACCUUCCCCUCCUGGGCACAGUCCAAUACCACAGCCCACUGCCUGCCCAGCCCGGGCAACCCCACCACGCCUAGCCCCUAGACUGGGGCGCAGCCCAGUCAAGCGCAGGAAGACCCACCUCGUUUCUACUCCUCUGAGCCACAAGGGGACACCCCAAUCUCCAAGUCCCGGAUCAAAUGCUGAGAGAAGGGCAUGUGGAUACUUCAUCUCUUGUGUGUCUGGGAGGAGGUGUGUAUGCUCAAUCUCCUAUGUGUCAUAGGAAAAUGUGUGUGUGUGCGUGUGUGUAUGCAUGUGUAUGUAUGUGUGUCUGUGGGGGUGGUGUGAGGAUGUCUGGGGGGAUGUGUGUGCACAUGAUCCAGGGUGUGUGUGCUUGGUGGUACACGUGUUCACCGACAAUGCAACAUGCCUUCUCUGGGUCUUUGUCUCCCCGGCUUAGUGACCAGACCCUUUUGCACUGUAUUUAUUAAAACUCAGGCUUG